AAUGUUAUUAUUUGGAUCGAAAUAAAAUUGGGAAAUAUUUUUGCAUAUUUUUACUUUCCUAUAUAUGUGUGUUACUUUCCUUUAAUUGUGUGUAGUAGCAGUAAUAGGCUUCAUAACGUGUUUAUUACACCUACUCUUUUUGACUAAAUGCUUUGCUUCCGCUACCCAAACUACCCAAAGGUUGUCUGGAAGAUAAGCUCUUUAGCGAUAGAUCCGCCUGUUGUCAGCUUUUUUUAAAAUUGUUUUUCUUUAAUCUGUAUCUUUUACUGAAGUGUGUAUAUUUUCUAGUUAAAAAUUCAGUGCCCUAAAUUAUUGGUUGGUAAGUAUAUAUAACAAAUAUUUAAUCUAAAAUUAAGUACUCGACAGCUUUUUGACAUAAUAGUACCUAUCCACUUAAACCAAAAGAAAGUAUCAGUAAUAGGUAAUGCUCAUUAUAAUUUCAUAGUUCCUCCGAAGAAACAACUCUUUGGAGUUUCCAGUCAUACCGAUAUUUGUAAGAGCAGUGGCGUUGCGUGUACAAAAAUGAACUUAUUACUAAUAUUUUUCUAUUUCCUCGCAAACUUAUAAAGAAUGGUUUUAGAUUUUUGAGUUGAUUAGAAUUUUGUACAAGAUGAAGAUAUUGUUUUCGUUCGUUAUUGUUUUAUUUUUGAGUUUAGGGAAGGCUUUUGAUAAUAAUGACAUUAAUAUGAUAGUGUCUUUCGUUACGCUCGAUGAAAGGGCCACAGCUGUAUUGACACCUUAUGUCUGUUGGAGCGCAUAUGAACUGACAUCUCUAGCGAAGAGUCUGCACGAUACUGGAAUCAGCAUGGCUGCAUCACUGCAGCCGAACAGGCCCGAGUUGUUUCUGCAGAACCUCGUUAUAGUGGCCGACUUGAGGUGCAGAGGAUCUGACGACUUCUUGAUCAAGGCCAGUGACGAGGGUUUCUUCAAAUCUCCAUACCGCUGGCUGUUAAUAAGCCAAGACCAAACGGAGCUGAAUGUCUUGGAUCAAUUGGCUAUGCUGGUCGAUAGUGAUGUCGUUAUAACGCAGAGGAGAGGAGAGGAUUACCAGUACGUCGAAGUUUACAAAAUAAUAGAGAACUCUCAAGUAAUCUACAACACCAGAGCUCUAUGGCGGCCCAUAGACAAGAAUAACAACACGGCUAUAAUAACUUACUACAACAAAUCAAAAGUUGUAGCUAACAAAUACGGAGCAGUGGAAGACUAUAGAAAGAACAAGAUCCUGUCUACUAGGAGAAUGGAUAUAAGGAAACAUACGCUGACGAUGGUCAAUGUUAUAACAGACAGCAAUGAUACUAGGAAACAUAUGGAUGACAGAUUAAACUUACACCAAGACUCCAUAACGAAGAUGUCAUACAUGGUGGUGAAGAUCUGCUUCGAGAUGAUGAACUCUACGGAAAAGCUGAUAUUCACCAACACCUGGGGCUACGUGGACAAGAACGGCUCCUGGAACGGCAUUAUAGAGCGGCUCAUCAAGAAAGAAGGGGAUAUUGGGACCUUAACAAUCUUCACCCAAGAGCGCUUGAAGAUCAUCGACUACAUCGCAAUGGUGGGCACCACUGCAGUGCGAUUCGUGUUCCGCGAGCCCCCACUAGCUUACGUUUCGAACAUCUUCGCUCUGCCCUUCACUGGCGCGGUGUGGCUGGCCGUGUUCAUCUGUGUGCUGGCUUGUGCGCUGUUCCUGUAUAUCACGUCUAAGUGGGAAGCCACUAUGGGCAUCCAUCCAAUGCAGCUUGACGGAUCGUGGGCCGAUGUGCUGAUUUUGAUUAUUGGUGCUGUGCUUCAGCAAGGCUGUACUCUGGAACCUAGGCGAGCAGCAGGGCGGAUAGUGACUCUGUUACUCUUCAUCGCAUUAACAAUAUUAUAUGCUGCAUAUUCUGCCAACAUUGUAGUGUUGCUGCGAGCCCCAAGCUCAUCUAUCAGGAGUCUACAAGAUAUAUUGAAUUCCCCUAUUAAACUAGGCGCCAGUGAUUUCUCCUACAAUAGGUAUUUUUUCAAGAAAUUGAAUGAACCUCUUCGGAAAGAAAUCUACAACAAGAAAAUUGCGCCAAAAGGAAAGAAAGCCAACUUCUACACAAUGAAAGAAGGGAUUGAGAAGAUUAGAAAGGGUCUUUUCGCUUUUCACAUGGAACUGAACCCUGGCUACCGUCUCAUCCAAGAGACCUACCAGGAGGACGAGAAGUGUGACCUCGUAGAAAUCGACUACAUCAAUGAGAUAGAUCCUUGGGUGCCUGGACAGAAGCGCUCGCCGUACAAAGACCUGUUUAAGAUCAACUUCAUAAAGAUUCGCGAAUCUGGCAUCCAAAACUGCAUCCAUCAGCGCCUCCACGUGGGCAAGCCGAGGUGCCUCGGCGCCGUCAACACGUUCAGCAGCGUGGGCAUUAUGGACAUGUACUCCGCCAUGUUGGCAACACUCUACGGCAUGUUUAUGGCGCCAGCGGUACUGUUACUAGAAAUUGCUUAUAAACGGCUGAUGGUGGCUCGAGAAAAGAGAAUGCAGCACAAUAAUUCACACUUAGUCUACUAAGUAAAAUACGACUAAAAGCACUAAAAUCCUUGUAACGUCUGUGAAUAAAUUAAAAGGCACAGUCGUGUAUCAUUUGAGAAUCGGAAUUCACAACCGAUAAUUAAUUUAUAAAUACCAAACAUGUAAUUAUAGAUUGGCUUUUCUUGUUUUGUAGUCACGAUUCAAUGUUUUGAAGGCAAUAAAUAUUGAUAAAAACGUAUUCUUAUCUAUGUUAUUAUGUAAUUACUUAUGUAAACAAUGCUUAAGGUAGCCUUUAUUAAAAGUAUUAAUCGAUUUACUUAACGAUAAGCAAUCUCAGAAUGAUUUCUUACAUUUAUUAAAUUGUUAAGUAUCUGCCUAUUAAGUGAUACAUCACAAUAAUAAAUAUCACU